UCCCUCCUCAACUUUCCCUCUUAACACCAUUCCAUAUCUCCAUUCCCCUCCAACUUAAUCUGGGGGCUUUGCAUGCAUGAGAAAACACCUAAGCAGCAUGAACAACAACAACAUUCCUCCUGUCAAAGACUUCUUUGCAUCCCCAGCGCUCUCCCUCUCUCUAGCAGGUGUAUUCAGGAACAAUGCAGCGGCGGCAGCAGCCGAGGUGGAGGAAGGGGACGAGGGGAGUGGUGGAGGGGGUCAAGGGGAGCAGGCAGGGAUCAGCGGCGAGAACUCUGGGGCAGCGGGUCGAUCCGAGGAAGACAGAGAGUCCAAUGAAUCACAGGAUGACAACAGAGAGGUCGGAAACAAGAGGAAGAGGAAGAAGUAUCAUAGGCACACAGCUGAACAGAUCAGAGAAAUGGAGGCGUUGUUCAAGGAGUCACCCCAUCCAGACGAGAAGCAGAGGCAGCAGUUGAGCAAGCAGCUAGGCCUUUCUGCCAGGCAGGUCAAGUUCUGGUUUCAAAAUCGACGAACCCAGAUCAAGGCGGUGCAGGAGCGGCAUGAGAACUCUCUACUGAAAUCUGAGAUAGAGAAACUGCAGGAGGAAAACCGUGCCAUGAGAGAGACGAUAAAGAAAGCGUGCUGUCCCAAUUGUGGUAUUGCAACCUUAAGCAAGGACACCACCAUGACCACAGAGGAACAACAACUUCGUAUCGAAAAUGCCAGGCUAAAAGCAGAGAUAGAAAAACUACGUCGAAUGCAAGGAAGCAUCCCGGAUGGAAACACUUCACCAAGUUCAUCAUGCUCUGCAGGCGCCGAUCAAAACAAGAGCUCAUUAGAUUGCUAUAGUGGAUUCUUGGGUCUUGAGAAAUCUAAAAUUUUAGAGAUCGUCAACGUUGCCCUGGAUGAGCUGAUCAAGAUGGCUACUGCCCAGGGACCCUUGUGGGUUCGAAGUGUUGAGACCGGAAGGGAGAUACUUAACUAUGAUGAGUAUGUUAAAGAAUUCUCACCCGAUAAUUCAAGGAAUGGAUGUCUCAGGAAUAUUGAGGCUUCCAGAGAGACUGGUGUUGUCUUCUUUGACAUGACAAGGCUCGUACAAGCCUUCAUGGAUGUGAACCAAUGGAAGGACUUAUUUCCUUGUAUGAUCUCCAAGGCUGCCAUAGUUGAUGUCAUUUUCAAUGGACAGGCUGACAGUAAAGAUGGUACCUUACAACUGAUGUUUGCAGAAAUUCAGAUGCUUACACCUUUGGUGCCAACAAGAGAAAUCUACUUUGUGAGGUACUGCAAGAAACUAAGCCCUAGUAGGUGGGCAAUUUUAGACAUAUCCAUCGACAAACUUGAAGAAAACAUAGAUGCAUCACUCAUGAAGUGUAGGAAGCGCCCAUCAGGCUGUAUAAUAGAGGACCAAGACAAUGGUCACUGCAAGGUGAUUUGGGUAGAACACAUGGAAUGCCAAAAAAGUGUAAUUCCAACACUAUUUCGCUCGAUUGUUACCAAUGGCCUGGCUUUUGGGGCUAGACACUGGAUGGCAACACUACGACUGCAAUGUGAAAGAUCAGUUUUCUUCAUGGCCACUAAUGUUCCCACGAGAGACUGUAAUGGAGUCUCCACACUGGCUGGAAGAAAGAGCAUCCUGAAGCUUGGACAAAGAAUGACUUCAAUCUUUUGCCAGAACAUCGGUGCAUCAGGACACCGCACAUGGACCAAGGUAUCGACAAAGAGUGGAGAUGAAAUUCGAUUCACAUCAAGGAAGAAUAUGAAUGAUCCUGGUGAGCCUCCAGGACUGAUCAUCUGUGCAGUUCUGUCGACGUGGCUGCCUGUUCCUACAAUGACUCUAUUUGAUUUCUUGAGAGAUGAAUCAAGAAGAGCUGAAUGGGACAUCAUGCUUACACCAGGCCCUACUCAAACAACGGUGAAUUUAGCAAAGGGCCAAGAUCGUGGAAACUCUGUUACGAUGCAUACAACAACUUCAUCAGAGAGGACUAACAUUUGGGUUCUUCAAGAUAGCAGCACUAACGCUUAUGAGUCGAUGGUGGUUUUUGCUCCUGUGGACAUUGAUGGCAUGCAAUCAGUGAUGACUGGGUGCGAUUCUAGUAGCUUGGCUAUAUUGCCAUCAGGAUUUUCUAUACUUCCUGAUGGGCUUGAGACCAGGCCUCUCGUGAUCACAUCUAGGCCAGAGGAGAGGACGAUGGAAGGAGGAUCUUUGCUUACAAUAGCAUUCCAAAUUCUUGCCAAUUCCUCACCCAUGGCGAAGCUAACAAUGGAAUCAGUGGAAACUGUGAACACACUUGUUUCAUGCACACUGCAGAAUAUCAAGAAAGCACUGGGCUGUGAAGAUGGGUAACUUUUGUGGCCUAAGCAAAUUUGUGAAGAUGAUGGAAACAGAUUCAAAUCACUAAUCGGAGGAAUCAGACAUGCACAAACACGGGAAGAGUAAGUAAAAUAUAGAAAUCAAUAUAGAUUGGUAAGAAUUAACAACAUAGUCAGAAAGCUUGCACUGGAAGAAUUCAGAUCAGAUGAUCUAGGUUGAAAAGCAGGCCUGUGCAGAAGGUAUAAAAGAAUGUAACAUGUAGCAAGUUCUUCCAAUGCCAGUGAGUCUUCACAAAGCAUUUCUUUUGGCCUUUUGGAGGGGACCGUGUCACAUGAUAUUGAUAUAAGCUAAUGAGUUCUACAAUUAUUGAACUCAUAACCUAAUGAGAUGUAUUUAACCGCAAGAGUUUGAAGCUUCGCUGAUGGUAAGGAUGGCACUAAAGUUGGCUUUUCUCCCUCCCAUCAAUCAAUCCUCUGAAAGGGAGGUGGAAGAGACCAAGAACAGGCAACUAAAAGUAGUUCCUUUACAAAGGUAGAAAGGAAGACUGAUAAAACAGGCACCUGAUCCGACUGAAAGCCUUGCCAAGACCAAAUACCUGGUAGGCAUCAUCGUCCAUAAGAUUCAAUUAUGGGCACUGAAUCAUAGUCGAGUUUGUACAUCAUGGUUACUCUCGCAAAUUAAGGCAGAACUAAUUUAAGAAGAGAUUUGCUAUCUUUAAAGGAUCCUUUCGUACAAUAUAUUGGCCACAUGGAUCUACAUCGUCUCGCUGUGAUGAACGAUCUCAGAAAGUAAAGCAUCAUUCAAGUUGUCCAAAGGAAAAGGCGUAGCAAAUUUCAACUCAAGGGUGAAGUGGAACGAAAAGCACUCUCUUCUUACAGCGGUUAGAGGG